UAAUUACCAAAUGAUCACAGUGCUUUUGGUUUAGCAUUGCUAUAAAAUCAGUAUUGAAAUGAAAUGAAGUGAGUUGUGAGCAAAAAUGCAUAAGUGCAGCCCAUUUUGUAGCAGCUUUAAAGAGAAGAGGUUAACACAUGGUGUAUUAGUUGGAAGCUUGCUUGCGGCUUUCACUAUUUCAAUAGUUUUCAAGUCUUAUUUCUGCACUCAACUAUCUGCCUUGCAUAUACAAUCACAAUCAUCGAUGGAUGCUGCUGAAAAUCAGUUUAUGAUGUUCAAGGAUGCCGGCCUUUUGCAGGAACUAGUUGAAGAGAGCACAUCUGCCAAGUCAAUAUUCAAUGCAUGCGACUGCGAACCAAUAUCGAAUUACUGCGAAAUCAACGGGGACGUUGCAGUUCAGGGGAAUUCCUCCACUAUAUCUAUGGUUUCAUUACGAACAGGCAUUCCUGCAGGGGAGAUUUCUUGGACGGUUAAGCCUUAUGUACGAAAGGAAAAUGCAGCAGCCAUGGAUCUUGUUAAAAGCUGGGCAGUAACUUCAAUGGAGUUCCUUCACUGUGACCUUAUUCAAACUGUUCCAGCCAUCCUUUUCUCCCUUGGAGGAUUUUCAGGGAACCAUUUCCAUGAUUUCAGUGACUUGGUCAUUCCACUAUACAUAACUUCUAGGCAGUUCAAUGGAGAGGUACAGUUUGUUGUGACAGAUAACAGGCAUUGGUGGAUCAGUAAGUUCCGAGGAAUACUCGCAAAAUUAUCUCGAUACAACAUUGUCGAUAUUGAUCAAGAAAGGAAAACACAUUGCUACCCAAGUAUGAUUGUUGGCCUUAAAUAUCACCAUGAACUCGGUAUUGAUCAAUCAAAGUCCCAACUAUCAAUGAAAGAUUUCAGGCAAUUCUUGAGAAGAACCUACUCAUUGAAGAGGGCCAAAGCAAUCAAGAUAGGAGAUGAUGCCCGUAAAAUGCCUCGACUGUUGAUCAUAACUCGAAGAAAAUCUCGAUCGUUCACAAAUAUCGACAAAAUAACGAGAGUGGCAAGUAGCUUGGGGUAUAAUGUAGUUACAAUGGAGCCUAAUAUUUCAACCAGCUUAGGGAGUGUAGCUGAAACAGUGAAUUCUUGUGAUGUAUUGAUGGGAAUCCAUGGAGCUGGACUAACGAACAUGGUGUUCCUUCCUGAUAAUGCCAUUGUAAUCCAAAUAGUUCCUUUAGGAUCUAUUGAUGAGCUGGCUAAACAAGACUUUGAACAACCUGCCAUGGAUAUGGAGUUAAGGUACUUGGAGUAUAAAAUAAAGGCAAAGGAGAGCUCACUUAUAAGUAAAUAUAAGGCGGAUCAUUUGAUCAUUAAAGACCCUUUAUCAGUUCAUAAACAGGGAUGGGAUGCAGUAAGGUCAGUAUAUUUGGAUAAACAGAAUGUGAAGCUUGAUGUCAAGAGGUUUAGACCAACAUUGUUGAAAGCACUUCAGUUGCUUCAUCAGUAGACCAUAUUUGUCUUCUCAAUGUUAUUUCAUGUGCUAAUAGUUUUCUAACUGAAUUGUCCAAAUGAUUAGGAGAUGUUAUUAUUGGGAGUGGGGAGUCUAGUUGUACCUAUAAGAGAACUAAAUUAGUCUUUUAAAUUUAUUUUAGUUUUUUUUAAAUUUUUUUAUGAAAGAGUAUGUGCUCUACUUGUGCAAUCAAAAUUUUAUUGAUUAAGCUCAUAA